AUGCGAGCGCUCCUGCAAGCCUGUGCUGGCAAAGUAUACCUCUGCCAGCGGGUCGUCUUUAAAGAGCCCUAUAAAGCAUUAUUGGCAACGAUAGAGAACAUUGCAGAGAAAAAGGCUUCUGUGCAACAGUCCAGGCAAGGUGACUCGGAAAACGUGAUUGUUGAAGAGACUUGCACAGACGACUUGGCAUGCGCCAAAGAAAUCGCUGUGGAUGACUGGGAGCUAGAUGACGACUUUGAUCUUGGACACAAAAGCCUUGACGUUGAUGCGAAUGCCGUGCCGGUGCAUCGCAGUAUAAAGGCUGAAGUAAAAGACGUAAGCUACACUACACCAGGGUGUGUUCGCCUUACUGUCCGACAAGCUGGAUUGCAAGAGGAGCUUCAGUGUGUGCUAAAAGGUUCCUGGCAAAAUGAAAAGGUACGCCCUGGUGAUGUCAUCUUCAUUCAUGCCAAGUUCGCAGGGAAGACUGCAAAUGUAGACAGCGAAGGUGGCUUCAUUGUCACGUAUCCCGACAUGCUUGUAAAUAGCACGUCCAUUGUGGCCUCUUUGUUCUGUACCCGCAAAAGUGUGCUUGCGAGCAAGUUUCGUGACAUUGAUGGGUCAAACGUGACUAUGCUUAUAGGCAGCAUUGCUCAUGAGUUGUUCCAAAAGGCAGUGACCAGGAAUGCUAGCAAGAAUGAAAUGUUGGAAAUGCUGAAUAAGGUUCUUCAGAGGAGUGAUUUCUUGCAUGAAAUGUACAGCCUCAGCACUUCAGAGGUUGAGGUGAGGGAACUACUGUUGAAGCUUCUUCCGAACAUAUCAAGCUGGGCAGAGGACUACAUGAGCACCAAGAUUUAUGCUAAUGGCAAGCAGGGCUUAUUGGUGACUGCGGUGAGGGACAUCGAGGACAAUUACUGGUGCCCGCGCCUGGGUAUCAAGGGCAAGGUCGAUGCCACGCUGGAAGUCAAGGUACACGACCGGCGCCGCCGGCUGGUGCCACUGGAGCUCAAGACUGGACGACACACCUUCUCUUCCGAACAUAAGGGACAGGUUAUCUUGUACACGAUGAUGAUGGCCGAACGGCAAGCCGAAGAUGUGGAAGAAGGCCUCCUGCUCUACAUUCGUGACUCUGUGGACAUGCAGCAGGUACCUUCCAGGCAUGCUGAGCGCAGGGACCUGUUGCAGAGGCGCAAUGAGCUCGCCUCCUACCUGGCUGAUGCCACUGGCGCCUUGCCCGCACCCAUAGAUAGCCAGCGCUUUUGCCCAAAGUGCCCCUAUGCCACAACCUGCUCUAUCUACAGGAGAAACUCAGUACGAAAGGUCGGCAGUGCAGCUGGAGAGAGCACCAGAGCCACAGUUUGUUGCAGACAGUGUCAAGCACUUAGUUCUGAGCACACAAGCUACUUCUUGGAUUGGUGCACCAUGUUGGAUAUGGAAAUGAAGCACGCUAAGCUUGACCUUCAAGAUCGCUUCUGGGUGGAAGAUGCUGUGAAAAGGGAACACAAGGGUCUUUGCUUCAGUAACGUGGAACUUGCGAAGAAUCAGGAAGUUCCUUCUGUCAGCGACCAAGCCUCCUUCCGGCACACUUUCCACAGAAAGGUGCACCUCGGCAGGCACAGUACAAACAGUAGUGCUCCAUUGGAAAGCUUCACAAAGUGCUUUGGCCUACACGUGGGCGAUCGCAUUGCUGUUAGUGAACAGGAGAGCUUGACAUGUGUGGCCAUAGCUACGGGUACAGUGACCAGUAUAGCUGACAACGAGGUGGUGCUGGACUUGGACAAGAACAUGCAUUCUAGCCAAGAGUGGCAGAAAAAGACAUUCCGUAUCGACAAAGUGUUCUCGUCAGCUUCGUUCACCAUCAGCUAUUCCAACUUGGCGAGGCUCAUGAGUGCCGAGCCCGAGUCCAACAGGCUGAGGUCGCUGGUCGUCGACCUAUCUGCGCCUUUCUACCGCAAGACCUUGCCCAAAGAGAUUGCCGUUUCAUGCCACGCUGUGCUCAAGCCCCUGAACCAUUUUCAGCGCCGAGCCAUUCUCAAGUUUCUGUCGAGUGACGACUACAUCCUCUUCAAGGGAAUGCCGGGAACAGGCAAAACCACUACCAUUGCCGCCUUGGUUCAAACACUGGUGCUUCUCAAAAAGCGUGUCCUGUUGACAAGCUAUACACAUAGCGGUGUGGACAGUGUUUUGCUGAAGCUGAAGGCGCUCGGCGUGCCCUUUGUGAGACUCGGUGCAACCGGUAAGGUUCAUCCGGAUUUGAGGGAGUUUGGCUCAAGCAACCUGACGUCAGCCAUCACUACGACUCAAGAACUGCAGGAGUUUUAUGAGAGCCAACUUGUAGUUGCCUGCACAUGCCUGGGCUCGAAUCAAGGACUACUCAAGAGGCUGCACUUCGAUGCGUGCAUUGUGGACGAGGCUUCUCAGGCAUUGCAACCUGCCUGCCUGGGACCCCUUUUCCUGGCCCGUGCCUUCGUGCUUGUUGGCGACACUCAGCAAUUACCACCGGUGGUGCAAAGUGAGGAUGCAAGAAAGAAAGGCAUGGACAUCAGCUUGUUUGCAAGAUUGGAAAAACCAGAAAACACGGUUGUGCUACCUGUUCAGUACAGGAUGAACAGAGAGAUCACUGCUGUGUGUAACAAGCUGACCUAUGCUGGCCAACUGGAGUGCGGCUCCGAUGAUGUAGCCAACGCAAGCCUAUCACUGCCUAAUCUUUCGUCCACAUUAAGUCGUGUUCUGCCUCCAAACUGCUGGAUCUUGAAGGCCAUUUCCAAAGAACUAGCGCAUGCAGUUGUGUUCUUAUGCACCGAUGAUCUGCCACCAAUGGGAUCGAAGUCACCAUCGUUAACCUUACAAAGGCGAAUUUCUUCAUCUUUUGCUGUCUUUGAUUUGCGGCAGGGUGGACUGCCUCCCGAAGAGGUUGGUGUGAUUGCCCCGUUCCGAAACCAAGUGCAGCUCCUGAAGCAAGCAAUCUCUAGCGUAGCACAAGUGGACAUCAGUACGGUGGACCAGUUUCAAGGCAAAGAGAAAACCGCCAUCCUGCUGUCCUGCGUGAGAAAGUAUGAGGGCGAUAGUAAGGAGACUGAAAUCUUGAAUGACCAGAGGCGCCUUACAGUGGCUGUCAGUCGGGCAAGGCAUAAGCUGAUUAUCGUCGGAAGCAGUUCAACUCUAAGAAAAUACAAGCCAUUUGAGAAGUUGCUGAGUUUUCUGCGGGAAGACCAGUUUUUGAAACUUCAAAGUGGAGAUGAAUCUCGCUACAAAGAAAGUGUCCUGUAAAAUUAACAGCAAAAGGUGGGUCUUUAAUUAAGCAUGCAUAUGUGUAUGUGACAGUAAGGACAUGUUGGUGGAGAGGGGUCUAUCUACAAGGAAAGUGUUCUGGAAAAUUAAAAACAGAAGGGGUGUCUUUAGUAAGCCUUAUAAAUAUGUGACAUUAAUGACAUGUUGGUGUACUUAAAAAAAAUGGUACAAAGGGGAACAUGGAAGCUGGCUAUGAACAUGGAAGCUAGCAUGCUCUAGCAGACAUUUCGACAAGUUCACUUGUCUAGUAACCUCGAAGAAGCCCUGAAGUUUCCACCUUGAAGAGCACAAGUGUACCUGUCAAAACAUAUUUUUGAGCACACAUUUUCUGUUUACAGAUUUUUUUCAUGUUGGUGCAGUGCAUUUUUAUUUGUACAUAUGUAUAUAUAAUUAUCUUUUCAUAAUAAACAUUUUAUAUACAGCUGCAUAGUGUACAUAAUCGUGUGUCAACUUUACGAACCCAUGCCAGCCACAUGAGUGAGUGUAAAGGAACCGCUUCAGGGGAUGCAUUAUUCCAAUCAUGUGUCUGUCAAAAACAUUGCUUCGUGGGUUUCAGGUUGAAGAGUGGAAUUCUCAUUUGGGCAGUGCUUAGAACACUAAUGAAAGCAACAUUGCUAGUUUGAAGGGUAAAUGACGUGCUGCCUGUUGUUCAGUACUGAUCAUUUACCCUUAAGUAUGCCAUGCUAACUACCUAUGGUCGAACAACUUUUGCAUUGCUAGUGUAUUUAAAUUAUUGAAAGGCAAAUUGGCCACUGAUUUAGUUAAAUCAUGCAAUAACAUUAUAGGACAGAAGCAACUUGAAAUAGAGGUCUAUAACUGUGACCCAUGGAGUCUCUGAGGAGAGUGAUCUCGCUGGUGUUAAGUGCAGUCUUUGUACGGGUGUAAGUGUUGCAGUGUAAACUAUUGUACCUUCAUAUGCGUGAAAAUAAAAUAAAUACU